AUGCUUCCCAGGCGACGCAUAGGCGUCAAAGCGCUCACAUGGCAAAAGACCGGAAUACACCCCUCGCACCAAGUGCGUCUUCUGGCCACACAAAAGCCUUCGUUACCCAAAAGUGUCGAAAAUAACACUCGAGUAAACGCGAUCCUGAAAGUACAAAAUGCUGUCGCAAUGACUUCUUCCAAAUUGACAUUGGACAGCUUAACGACAGAUGACCAACGACGAGACUAUCUAUGGAGUAGAAAGGAGCAGAUAUCCAGGAUCCUCCCUGGAAGGGAGUGGAAGAAGGUCUUCGCUAUUGCUCGGAGGCUGUUCGAACACAAUUAUCUUAUACGACCGCCGGCGGACAAGGAAUUUAGGAAGAGAAUGCUAGAUAACUAUGGCGAGUUAUUAACCAAACUCGAACAAACUCCAGUAUGGUUAACAGGCGAAAUAAAAAUGCUCGAAGCCCGAGAUCUGGCAGAGAAUCAGGAUGCUGAAAAGGGAUUGGAUACGACAGAAUUAUCAAACGCAACGGAAUCGGUCGAUGAGGCUACGCCUGACUCUCUAUCAUCUGCUGAAGAGGUCUUGAAGGAUGGAAGUGCGAACACGAAAACUUCCGAUCAAGUUCUAGUGCUGCCUGAUGCGAACAUAUCCGAGAAGGCCUCGGGAGCAGACGCAGAAGACAUUUCACGCUAUCGCAAUUUGGUGAUAUCUCCGGAAUCAGAGCCUGUCAAAGCGACAGUAAACCCUACCAAGAAUACAGUCGAAAAACCAGUCUCAAAAUCUUUCUUGAAACCUGUCGUCGAAGAUUCCGUUGAAAUGUCUGCCGAACGUUUCCUAGAAAAAAAAGCAACGGAAUCCGCGAAAGAACAAGAGAAAGAGGCCCCUCCCAUCCAGAUAAUUUUCCCUGAGUAUAACAAGGUCAUUCGUAGUAGCGUUAGAGAAGAAGAGAUGACGGUGGAAAAGCUAAACCAGCUACAAGUGCCUGAAGAUAAAAUUUCGGGGGCGUUUGAAAUCCUCCAAAAACUGAGCCGAACACUUGUUACCGAGGGUGUUCGACCUGAUCUCAAGCCUGUACUAUACCCUAAUCAAGCCACACACGCCUUGCUUACGGAGGCCACGACGCUCUUAGAGGAGGCCUGCUUUGAAUUCGUUAAGAAGAGGGCACCCUCAGUGACCUCAUGGCCGACAUUCGAUUGCCCCGAAGCGCAAGAAUACAAGCGGUGGGUGGACUUAAUCAUCAAAUUAGGUAAAGAGCAUUCAAAAGAUGGUUUCAAGCUCCCACCUAAGUUUAUCGAAGGCACGAGUUACGGGGAUAUUAUUCGGAACUCCGCCGCCCAUAGGCUCCCAAUCCACGCCCCGAAGUUGAGAGAAUUACUCCGCCGCGCCCGACUGUGGAUGCAAUCCCUUGACGUCCCUGAAGUGCUACAGAAAUUUGAAAGGUUAGAACAGUCCGCAGCUGAAAUGCAAACCGAGCUUGAAGAUGAUCUAAGCCCUGUUGUUGAAGAAUUACGAGGCGUUUUAUCGAGAAUCAAGGGUCGAUGGGACAAAGUCAAACGUCUGGAAGAUAAAAUCCUUGAAAUACAAAAGUCCAUUCGCAUGGAGAAGUCUGGGAUUGAACUAGAGGAACAAAACAUCCAAGAUUCACUUCGAAAGGCUCAGGGUAUUCGGCAUGAGCGGGGACAAAAGUUCGAAAGACAGCGGUUCCAGGUUCAUGUGCAUGGGGCUCUGGUCGAAUCGAGCGAAUCUAAAGUGGAAGCAGAACAGCUUCCCGAGGAGUGGAGAGAGGAUGAAUUAAUCAUCGAUGAUUUACCGGUGGGGACAGAAACUAAUUCGCACGCCACUGAAAAAGGAAGUGGAGUACCUGGUACGGAGACACCGAAGAUUACGAGCAAAACGCUCUUCAAGCCCAAAGAAAAAACUAAAGCGGGACAAGCGCUUGGGGAAGCUGGCCGCACCAGUGAAAGUCAGCCAAAAUUGGAACGUGAUUACCAAGGCGGUCUCGUUUCUUUUGAGUCAGAUGCGCUUCCUGAUAUUGAAGAUGUCUCCCUGGUCAAUUCGAAGCGGUUAAAACAGAUAUCCGCAAACAAUAAAUCUAAAGGAAUGCCUGCAGAAGUUCUAGGAAAGGGCCCCUCGAAAGCAGAUGAUCAGAGUGUAAAAGAAGGGCCUCUGGGGGGAGAAGCCGGCCCUAAGAAGACAAUCUCUAGCGAAAAUGAUUUGAAGAAUCCAAAGGACGCUAAGAAGUUCGGCUUUGAAGGAUCGAAUCUAUCUCGGGAAUCAGAUAUAGAGUCGUCAAAGAACAGCCCGACUAAAUGGUAUAACCCCUUAUCGUGGUUCAAAUGA